AUACGCCUCACGAGAAGCCAGCUUUAGAGAUUAGAGAGAAGAAACAUAACAAAAUAAAAUAAAAUAACUUCAUAAUUCGUCUCACCGAAAAAAUAAUAAAGUUGAGAGAAAGAGAGAGAGAUUCAUCAUCAAACCCACAAUCCCUCCCUUAAUCGUACGGAUCUCUUCCUAUCUUAAUUCUUCUAUCUAAAGAUCUUCUUCAUCUUCCUCGAUCUGGGACUUUUGGUUUUCAUCGGCUGCGUGUUUGAUUCCGUCGAGAGCUUGAAGAGUGAGAUACAGAAGGAAACUUUAUUUUCUAGCCUGAAAAUGGCAUCCGUGGGCAUAGCUCCUAUCCCUGGGGCAAGAGACUCUACUGCGCAAGCUACUGGUGUUGAUAAAUUGCCUGAAGAAAUGAAUGACAUGAAAAUUCGAGACGAUAAAGAAAUGGAAGCUACAGUGGUAGAUGGCAAUGGGACAGAGACUGGCCACAUAAUAGUGACUACUAUCGGCGGAAGAAACGGCCAACCAAAACAGACGAUCAGCUACAUGGCCGAGCGAGUUGUUGGACACGGAUCUUUUGGCGUUGUGUUCCAAGCGAAAUGUCUCGAGACAGGAGAAACUGUUGCAAUAAAGAAAGUUCUACAAGAUCGGAGGUACAAGAACCGUGAGCUACAAACCAUGAGACUACUUGACCAUCCGAAUGUUGUGUCUCUGAAACAUUGCUUCUUCUCAACCACUGAAAAAGACGAACUUUACCUCAAUCUGGUUCUUGAAUACGUCCCAGAGACAGUCCAUCGUGUUAUCAAACACUACAACAAACUCAACCAGCGAAUGCCUCUCGUAUACGUCAAACUUUACACUUAUCAGAUUUUUAGGGCCUUAUCUUACAUUCACCGUUGUAUUGGCGUGUGUCACCGUGACAUAAAACCUCAAAACUUGUUGGUAAACCCACACACUCAUCAAGUAAAACUUUGUGAUUUUGGAAGUGCAAAAGUUUUGGUAAAAGGAGAACCAAACAUCUCCUACAUCUGCUCGAGGUAUUACAGAGCACCAGAACUUAUUUUUGGAGCAACCGAGUAUACGACAGCCAUUGAUGUCUGGUCUGCGGGAUGUGUUCUUGCUGAGCUCUUGCUUGGACAGCCAUUGUUCCCUGGUGAGAGUGGUGUUGAUCAACUUGUAGAGAUUAUCAAGGUUUUGGGAACGCCUACUAGGGAAGAAAUCAAGUGCAUGAACCCUAAUUACACUGAAUUCAAAUUUCCUCAGAUUAAAGCUCAUCCAUGGCACAAGAUUUUCCACAAACGCAUGCCUCCGGAGGCUGUUGAUUUGGUUUCAAGGCUUCUUCAAUACUCUCCCAAUCUACGAUCUGCUGCUCUCGACACGUUGGUCCACCCAUUCUUUGAUGAGUUAAGAGAUCCGAACGCGCGUCUGCCUAAUGGACGUUUCCUUCCACCGCUUUUCAACUUCAAGCCUCACGAACUGAAAGGUGUGCCUGUGGAGAUGGUUGGUAAGUUAGUACCUGAGCAUGCGAGGAAGCAGUGUCCUUGGCUCGGUUUGUGAUUUCCUCAAAAAAAACC